AUGCUCGAACUGCACAGAGGGAGAGAAGCAGAAGUAUACGGAAGCGAUGCGAGCAGUACGGCGGUCUAUGAAGCAAUCGCAGCGCCGCCGUCGGCCCAGACCGACUGGUUUGACUGCACCGGGGCCACUACGCCGCUGCCAUCCGUGCCUGCAGGACUGUCCACUUUCUUUAUACCUGUAAUCGUAAUCAUGAGGAGUUGGCUCGUGUGCGUGCUUGCGCUAGCGGGGAUGGUAUGCUGCUCAGCGCAACACUUCAACCGCUACGACAACUUCAAUGCCGACUCCAUCAUCCAGAACGACAGGAUCCUCCUGGCUUACUACAAAUGCGUUAUGGACAAGGGACCCUGCACCAAGGAUGGCAAGAACUUCAAACGUGUACUACCAGAAACUUUAUCGACCGCCUGCUCCAAAUGCUCACCUAAGCAGAAGUUAGUUGUUCGCAAAUUACUACUUGGAAUCAGAGUUAAAAGUGAACCACGCUUUCUCGAGCUGCUGGACAAAUAUGACCCACAAAGAGCAAAUAGAGAAGCCCUCUACAGUUUCUUAGUGACUGAUACGCUUCCUGAAGCUUUGGCGACAAGGUGUGCAAAGUGCACAGAAAGACAAAAGCAAAUAGGAAAGCAGUUGGCCAAGGAAGUGAAAAAACGGCAUCCAGAGCUGUGGAAUGAAAUGAUAGCUUUCUAUGAUCCAGAAGGAAAAUACCAAGAUGCCUUCCAAGAUUAUCUCAAGCCUUAAUUACCAGCACGGAUAAUCUUUUUAGACUUAAUUGAAUAAAAUAUAUCGAAAUAUGUAACAGCUAGAUAUCCAAUAUUUGUAAUAAUCAUCACUAGGAACAUUGAUUUUAUGCAUUCAUUUAAAAAUAUAUAUGUAAAGUUUAAAAAUAUUUGUUGUUAAUAGUGUUCAAUGGUUUCCCACUUCAUUUCGUGCAGUAUCUAAAGCUCUUCGAAAUGUUUCGUAACAAACCCAACCUUGCGAAUGAUAUUUCAUGGCUUCUUCCCAAAUUUUGUUAAAACUCUCAUCAGUAAACUGCUCGCCACUCGCCUCAAAUACUCUUCUUACUACAUCUGGUUCCCGUUUAGAGUACAUGUCUCGAUGAUUGACUUGUUGCAUAGUAAAAACACUGGGAUUGAGACAAGAUUUCAUAUCAGAUUCCUGUGGUAAACAAGCUCUGAUAGCUUUACAGCAUUGAUUAGGUGUUUCAGGGUAAUCUAAGUCCAUAUAUCUUCCUGAAGGUAAACCAGCCAUUUUACUGUCAUUUGGAGGUUGUCCUGAUUUUACCAUUUCUGUAUAAGUUGUUCUAAAAUCGAGGCAAUCUUUUGGUAUAUCCGGAAUAUAAGGCAUUUCAGAAGAGGGUUCUCUGUAGUUGAGGACAUGUACAAAUAUUUUAUACUCUAUAUUAGAUCCAUCAAAUGCAUGCCACAUCUCUAACAGUGGUUCUAUUAAAUUAGGAUCGAAUCUUAUAUGCUUGGUUCCACAAUAUUUAUAGACAACUUCUUUAGGUAACCAUCCUUUUUGUUCAUGAUCAUAAUAUUUCAAAUUUAGAUAAAAUGUUUUAAAAAACGUAGGCAAAAAACGUUUUGAUAAUACUUUUCGAAGAGAAUUCAGGUGUUUUAGACAUUGUAGAAAAAACAGUCUGCCGGAAUUUAACUCACAAAAUGUGAGACAUUCGGGAAGAUUAUCUGGCGGUUUCAAUUUUCCAAAUCGGUAGCCUUUGGGAACGUUUUCAAUAUUAUCGUUUGGAGCUAACACUUUACCGACUCUUGGUUGAUUUACAUCUUGGAAGUUUGCUUGUAUUGUAUUAACUAAUGUAUAAUUAGCCGUUCCCAAUUUUACCCUGUCAUCAGUAACGCAACAUCUAGCAUAUGUUCCUCUUUUAUCAACGUGCGUUCGAUAUCCGAAAGUUAAAUCAGGAUUAAAAGGUGGCUUACAAUAGUUGUAACACUUUUGAACACUUGGCUGCUUAUGUGGUGGUGUCAUAUCAGGAUAUGGUACUUUUGGCAUUACUAUAUCAUAAAGACGGCCGUGAAAUGGAGUUUCUUUGCCAAAUGUUGUGCCUUCUAUAUCGAAUCCAUUCGGUAACAUGGGCACUGGAUCUUUUACCAUGCCAAGAGGUUUUUUCCAGUAAGACGCAUAAGGUGUUUCUUUUAAAUCUUCUACCAAAUUCUGGAAUUUGGAUUUAUUAGGAGGAUUAAUAAGAGAUGCAACAUCACCAAAUGGCCCAGCAAAACGCUUAUCUAAAGGUAUAGGUUUUCGAAGAGGUGGUAGCGCUCUUGGAGGUAUCGGUGGAUUGAUAGCAUCACUCAAGAGUGCAUCUACUUCGUCCUUUAGUAGAUAAUGUUCUAAGGAAUCUGCCACUUCAUCAUCAGGUUGAGCUGUUGGUAAACCAGCUGCACAAAUUUUUGGACCCCUUUCAAUAAACAUUCCCAAAUUCCCUUUCCCCCCCGAUGUCGAUCGUUGACAGUCAACAGGCAUGUUAAAUAAAUAUUAGUACAAAAUAAAAAUAUUUUUCAUGAUUUUACCGAGUCCUUGACAUGCAAAAUCAGGAUUUG